AAUUGUAAAGCUAGGAGGACGGCUCGUUUGGAUGAAAAUUACGUUAUAUAUAUAUUAUAUAUAGGCUAUAUACUGUGUGUGUGUAUAUAUAUAUAUAUAUUAUUUUUUUUUUACAGUCUAUGGUUGUUGCUCGUUGUCUGCCUUACUAUGAUAGGAAAGAAGCGUCGUUUUUUGUGUUUUAACAAAGUUUUGCUUCAGGAAGUUCGAAUGAGUGAAAAGCCUAUAGACUUUUCCCCCACCGGAAAAAGGUUCGGUUUACAUUGAGCUGAGAUGGACGAUACAAUGAGGUGAUUCUCACGAAAGGUUGUGGAAUUGUGCAAGUCAUGCCUUUUUUGGAAUUCAUAGCUGGGAGUAUUUCAGGUGCAGUGGGACUGGCAGUUGGACAUCCACUGGACACCAUAAAGGUUCGCCUGCAGGCCCAGUCUGUGUAUAAAGGGAUAUUUCACUGUAUGGCAAAAACAUACUCUCAUGAAGGGCUCCAUGGAUUCUUCAAGGGCAUGGCAUUUCCAGUGCUGACCACGGGCAUGACCAACUCCAUAGUCUUUGGCUCUUACAGCUGUGCUUUAGAUUACCUCACUCAAUCUCAGCGCAUUGACCGUAGUCAAGGCAAACCGGCUUCUGCUGCACAAGUCUUCACUGCCGGCUGCUUCUCGGGCCUGGUGCAGGUGUUUUUUUCUGCACCUAUUGACCUGGUGAAGGUGCGCCUGCAGGGUCAAAUAACUGCUGACCGAUACCGUGGACCUCUUCACUGUGUUGCCGUCAUCCUGAAGGAGGAAGGACCCAGGGGUCUGUUCAGAGGGGGGCUGGCCCUGGCCCUGAGGGACAUACCCUGCUAUGGGAUCUACUUCUUGCCUUACGAAGUCAUUCGAAAGGCUCUGACUAAGAGCGGCAAACAGCCAGGUACGUUUGCAAUAUUGAUGGCAGGUGGCGUGGCGGGCGUGGUGACCUGGGCCUUUGCCACGCCCAUGGACGUAGUGAAAGCCCGGCUCCAGAUGUCGGGGGCCGGCGGCCGAGAGUACAGCGGGGUCCUCCACUGCAUGAGAGUGAGCGUCAGAGAGGAGGGACUAAGGGUCUUUUUCAAAGGACUACUACUGAACAGCAUGAGGGCCUUCCCCGUCAAUGCCGUCACCUUCCUCACCUACGAGAGUCUGAUGCAGAUUUUCUGUCCACCAGCAAGAUGACCUCACUCUUGACAGCAAAUGGAUAAAUCAAAUCAGUUUUACUUGACAAAAUGUGAUUUUUUAUUUCAAACCAUUUCAAUUGCAUCAACUCGACAAACAAUGAAGGAGCCCCUAUUAAAUAAACAAUACAAAAAAAGGAGUGUAUUUCAGUAUUGGUGACUGGUCUAACCCUCCUAGAAAUUGUUUGAAGGCCACACGUUAACAAACUGUAUCAGAAAAGGUGGAACAUUACCAUGUGUGACAGUCACUGGCAUUAAAACGAGUAAAGGUCAGGAAGUCCCCAAAUGUUAGGACUCAAAUCAUUGUAAAUGAACAGACUUUGUGCCAUUUGAAUACGCUGCUACUUCUGUCUACUCUAUACACAUGGCCCUUACUGCAUGUCUGUCCAUCCUGGAAAUUAGACCCCUCAUCUGUUGCUCUAAGGUCGAAGCUGUAACCAGUUUUGGUUCUCUGUUCACAGACAGCAGAUGUUUAUGUUUCCGGGGUUGGUUCAGUCUCUAGUCAAUGUCAAACAUCACUCCAGUUUUUCUGUCCAAGGUCGAGUCCUGUUCUGUAUCAGCAGAGAUCUUAAGGUGUUGAAUGGUUUGUGGUAACUCCUGCCUGCUCCUCAUCGUUUUGAUUUUACGACUGUUUAGGAUGUCAGUGUAAGAGAAGACAGAUAUUUAGCUCAAGAGUCAGUAGAGGCUAAAAACAGAGCCAGAAGGAAAGUGAAUAUUCGUCUGGUCAGAAAUGUAACUCCAAAUUAAUCCUAAUCCCGCUCCAUGUUUGCUAAUACUUUUGCCAUAUACACAUUGUAAAGAUGAUAAUAUUUCCGUGUUGUGUUUACAGUUUGUGUUGCCUGCAAGUUUACACAAUGUGCUGCAGAGAAAACAUUUUUUAUUUUCCACCAAAUGUCAUUACAUACUCACUGAGAUACAUAAGUCAAUAAUUUGUCCAUCUGAUUUGCACAUUCCCAAACAUACAGCUCAUAACUGAUCUUCUACCUCAACACUCCACUUCUGAACUGCAUGUUGGAACUUGCCUCUUGAAGCAGCCUUUCAAAGACUUAAUAUGGAAGAUCAGUGUAAAAAGAUAUAUUCAUAGGAUCUCAAUAUUAAAUCUAAACCCACGCCUGCUUUUUACUUUACAGAGAAACAAAUUCUCAAAACAGAAAUUACCACGUAGAAUCACAAGUCAGACAAACCUUAUGGUCGAAUUCAAGAGAGAAAAAAACUGCUUCUUGAGGCACAAAAACUGCAGCAAAAGUAGAGCUUUACUAAAAUGCUUACCAAAAAAGCAAACUGAGUGUCAGACUGACGAUGACAGGUCCUUGCACUGAUUGAAGCAGUCUGGUAAGAAUAAGAUUCAUUUACAUGUGAGAUUAAGGGCACCAUGCAGCUGUUUUUGGCACUAAUUUGUUCCUCUAGAGGAAAGACAUCUGUGGAAGAAACUUUGCAUUCACUAUAGACGCUGAAAUACAAGGACGGAAAUGAAACUUAUUGAAUUUAAACUGCAAUGUGGUCAUAGCUCUUAUGAACGUAUUCAUAAACAGCUGAUGUAGGUUUAAAAGCAGCAACAAACACAAGAUGGCUCACAGGCAUAGCUUUUACAUUUAAUCCUACAAGUAUAAAUGAACAAGGGUUUGAUGCAUGUGGUAUAAAGCUUUUUUGUUUAAAGGAAAACUUCACCUGAGAUCUUGGAACAUGGCGACACUGAUAAAAAAAAUCCAACGGGGCAAGAAACAAAAGCAACAAGCAGACCGCUAUGCCACAUACAUUCCCAUAAGAACCAUGAGUGAGCUCAUGUGUAAUGUUGCUAAUAAUUCCUCAUUGUGCAAGAAAACAACAUGCGAACAACUAUGAUAAGAAUUGUAGGUGAAAGAUGAACCAGGAAGUGUUGUAAACUGUUGGAUGUUUACCACAGGUUGUGUAUUCAUUCUACAGUUUGCCUUCUUAUUUUAUGUUUACUUUGUUUGGUGUGUUUAAAGCCUGUUUGAUCAUCUGACAGAUGGGUUGAGCUACGAAAAUAAAACCUAACUUUCAAAAAGUCA